AUUGUCACAUUGUUUUGGUUGUGUUCAUUUUUGGACGUUUACCUAAACAUUGUAUUGAAAAUAAAUUAGGAAAUGAUUUAAAUGAAUAUACAGUUAAAUAUCUAUUAAUUAAUAUAAUUAAUAGAAUUGAGACUAGCAAGAUUCUACUAAUUUUGUGUAAUGUUAAACUAUCGAACUAGUAAUUUAGUAGAUUCUUCGUAUCGAAUUGGGACCGGAAUUUACUAUUGUUUAUUAAUUUAUCGAGUAUUAAUAUCUUUUGUAUACUUUAAAAAAAUCAUCGGCCGACCAACUUUCAAAUACAUUAAAAAUCGCCAACCGACCUGUGUAAUAUGAGUCGGUUGAAUUAUUGGCCCGACUAUAGUGGGUCGGGUUGUGGGAUUGAUUAUUAACGGAGGACGACAAAAUAGGGUUUUUAUAAUGAAUCGGUUGACGGGUUUUAUAAAUGAUUUUUCAAGAACAUAUUCACCAAACUCGAGGAUACAAAAUGUGUGGUCUAUAUAUAACCUCAAAAGUAACUAAAUUUGGCCUAUAUAAUGUACAACCUUAGUACUCAUUAUAUAUAGAUGCACAAAGAAAUUUAAUUAAAAAAAAAAAGAAAAAAAAAAAGGAAAUCGAAGUACGAAAUGGCAAGUGGAAGCCUAGACCGAUCAACAUUCGAGCCAUGGUCUCAGCUGGAGGGCAAAAUCGUCAUGGUCACGGGUGCAUCGUCUGGUCUCGGUUUGGAGUUCUGCCUCGAUUUGGCUAAGGCCGGGUGCAGAGUUGUGGCUGCUGCACGUAGAAUCGAGAAACUCGACUCUCUUUGCCAACAAAUCAAUCACGAAAUGGAAUAUUCCGAUGCCAUUUACGGUGGGGCCCACCAAGCUAUUGCGGUUGAGCUCGAUCUCACGGCCGACAGUACGGCCAUCGAAGCUUCUGUCCGAAAAGCUUGGGAUGCAUUUGGUCAUAUUGAUGCUUUGAUUAAUAAUGCUGGUGUAAGAGGUUCGAUAAAGUCGUCUCUGAAUCUGUCGGACGACGAAUGGAACCACGUGGUGAAAACAAACUUGACGGGAUCUUGGCUGGUCGCCAAAUGCGUCGGCAAACGGAUGCGCGACGCUGCCCGCGGCGGCUCAAUCAUCAACAUCUCGUCGGUUUCCGGCCUUAAUCGAAUGCAGGUCCCCGGAGCCGUCGCCUACAGUUCCUCGAAAGCUGGCCUCCACCUCACGACCAUGGUAAUGGCAUUGGAAUUGGGAAAUUACAAGAUUAGGGUGAACGCCAUCGCUCCGGGAUUGUUUAAAUCGGAGAUAACCGGAGAUUUGUUGGAAAAGAAAUGGAUGAAAAACGUGACGGAGAGAACCGUGCCACUUAGAGUGUUAGGUACAACCGAUCCGGCACUGACAUCUCUCGUCAGAUACUUAGUUCACGAUUCGUCAAACUAUGUUUCGGGCAACAUUUUCAUCGUCGAUUCCGGCUACACUCUCCCAGGUUUCCCCAUUUUUUCUUCUCUCUAACUCUAUUUUGUGAUGUGAUAGAGAGCUUUUGUCCCUUUCUAAGUGUGUGUGUGAGUGAAAGAGAGAGUGUGUGUAUUAUUAUGUUUGUGCAUUUGUUUUCGACAAGACAUUGGAUCGAAUAAGGACCGUUUGUUUCAGGUUUAUCAUAUCCUACACUCGAUGAAUUUAAUCGAGUAAUAUUUCAGAUGCAUAUUUAAUUUUACAUACGUUUGUCUGUGUGAUGCAUUUUAUCGGAUGUAACAUCUACAAAGACGGUUGAUUUGUAUGUAUUGUAUUUGUAC